AUUUGUAUAUACAUCCAUUUUAGUGGCAGUUAAUAUGGACCGGAGGAAGUACUAAUAAUAUGAGGCAUGUUUUUGAGCUGGCCCUGUUUAGUAGAGUUUACAUUUGAGAGUUACAUCUUUCUACCACCAUUAUUUUUGAUUUAGCUUGUCUUUUGUGCCCACCAUUUUAUCGAGCAGGGUUAAUGCAAGAUCCAUAGCAAACUAGCUUCUCAUGACAUUUUUUUGGCGGAGUGCAUCUUCUCAUGGCGAGCUAGCGACUUUGCCACUAGAGUUUUUUUUGUUGAACUAGUACAUUUUUUGGAUUUUCCCAUUUUAUUUGUGCACAAGCUAUGAGCCGCCCGCAAUUCAGCACCAUAUAUUGGCGGGAUUUUCUAGUUCAAUUGUUUUGUACUAGGAUAUUAGCAGGAUGCUAUCUUCUAGGGCUUUCAUUUCCCCUAUAUCCAGCCCCACCCACGGACAAGCAAGGGCCUCUCUCCCUACCUCGCACCUAGUCCGUCUCGCUCCCUCUCAGUCCUCCAUCCGUAGCCGACAUCCACCGCGCCGGAGCCAGCUCAGCGACGCCGUCAACCACACUCCGUCCGCUUCGUCGGAUCUGCUUCCCCGACUCACUGGUUCAUCUUACCGGCUGGCAAGAUCGGUACACAAAGCGCCACCAUGAUCCACCGAACCAAAACGAACGGCCAACGCGCCACCUCCCCAGUCGACCAAGAUAUUCCCCUCGAGAAUGCCUACGAAGAAUCUCGGAGGCAAAAUAUCUUGCAGAAUAAGAUAAUUGCAGCCAAGCUCGGCAUACUGUGGAAUGGGACAAAAUCACCGCACCCCAAGUCGUUGCCGAGAUUUUUCACCCGUGUGAUGUGCCGCCAAAAGGACGAUUCCGUGGGGCAGCUGCUGAAGAAGCAGCUAGCCACUGCUCAUGUUCCUAACAAAGACAGUGAGCGCGCCAGUGAUGCAGACAUUGGUAGAAAGGAGGCGGGAUUUGGUCCUAUUGUUCUAGCAAGCAAUCAUUUGAGGGGCCGCCUAGGAUCAGCACAUCUGGAUCCUCCUGAGCUCAACAUUAAGGAGGUAAUUUUAUAAUAGUGUUUUAAACAUGACAUAAUCUAAUGUACUGAAAGAGAUCAAACUGUCAACUGGAGUGGAGU